ACGACACAAGCGCAGAAAGUUUGUCGACAGUGAGCAGAGUGUUUGUGGUGCCGAAAAGAUGAGUUUGAAUGUGGAGGCUUACUUUCGGCAUGUUUUUGAAGAACGACUCAGCUUAAAUAAUGCCGAGCAGAAGGAUUUGGCGGAUUUGAGGAGGCCUACAAACGUAAUGAGACUUGUGGAGGCGCGCGAGGAGUGCGCAAUCGUGACCAGAGCAUUGGAAGCUCAGAAAGAGGAGAUGCAGAUGAAGCGGGAGGAUUUAAAAGAGAGAGACGAAAACGUUAAGAAAGAAGAGGAGAAACUGAAGAAAUCUAUAGUGAAAUAUAACAAGUUUUUGCAAGAAAAUGAUGCUAGACGGUUGCGUGCCAUAAAGAAAGCAGAAGCAGAGAGAGCUCAAAUCAGACUGAAAGAACUGGAGAUUCAGAAGCUAAAUGCGGAGAAUGACACCCUGCUGGCACAAAAAGAGCUACUGGAGAAUCGUGUCAGAAAAGCCACAUGGUACCAAGAGUUCCUGGAGAGAGCCGCAAAGAUGUCCGGAAAGUUUGAGAACAUUGGUCAAGUCAUUGACCGUCUUCACGCACUCCGGACCAUGCACAAGGAGCUUCUAGAAAACCAGACUAGGUUGGAAAAGGAGAGAGAGAGCACAAAGCUGGAACUGAUACAGUACAUAAAUAAACAGCGAACUGUUCUUCUGCACUGUAACAACCAACUGCACCAGCAACAGACGCAGCUAGACAGCAUACGCUUAGAAGCAUACAAAUGGGAAUUAAAACUGAGGCACUUCCAUUCCACUGCAGCAAAAGAGACACUCCUGUUUGCUCAGCUAAAGGCCACAAUCUGUAACAUCUAUCAGAUGAUCACACAUUACAAGAGAGUCUCUGUGGACACUGAGGACACCUUCAAGCAGUUGGAAAUGAUUCAGAAAUAUUUUCAGAUUAUGAAAGCUAUAGAUGAUGAACUGAAGUUCAACAUUAUGACAAGGCCAAAUCGAACUGAAGAGAAGGACAGCAGAGAUUAAGACCCAAGCUCUGAGGAUGCACAGUAUAUCCAUUGAAAACAGACAGAUGUGCCUAAGCUAAAUAAAAAUCAUCAUCUGGCCACCCUUCAGGAUUGUACAGGAUUGUGCACUUGGGUAGGAGUGACAGGAAUAUUGUCCAGGGACAUAGAGAAUAAAAGGAUGUUUAAUUAAAAGGGUUUCCCCUUUAAUUGAUCAGUGAAAUAUAAUUACUGGAUUCAGAUAUGUGAAAUAUCAAAACAUAAUCAUUGCAUUCAGACACGUCUUCAUUUCUUCCUCCAUACCCCUUUGAAAAAAAACAGCAUAUGCUGGUUAGGUAUGUUUUAAGAUGGUCAUGGGCUGGUUUCAGCUCCAAGUUCCAUCGUUACCAAUAUAGUUCAAUGAUUCAGCUGGAACUACCUGUGGUUAGAAGCAUAGUUCCCUUUCAGUCAGUCACAUUCGACGUUACGUUGAGCCCAAUCACCUCUGAGCUUAGAAGAAAAGGCCAAUGAAAAUUUGUGAGUGGAAUUUGCAUGCCAAGCCACUCCCCUGUAC